AUGCCAUCUCAAUAUUCUUCUAACCACGAAGGUUAUGCGCUAGGUGCUGUUACGUCACUCUUCCUUGCGCUCGGAAUCAUAGCAGUGCUUUUGAGGUGUUAUGUUAGAAUUGUGAUAGCUAAGAGUUUUGGACGAGAUGAUUAUUUCAUUGUCUUCACACUGGUAAAGCUCAGUCUCCUCAUUGCUGGUGAUGUUUGCAUCUAUAACAUGCUUAGUCUUGGAGUCGGACGUCAUCUCGACUCUCUUCCUGAGCCAGAAGCCUCAGUACUCGCGAUCUUGAAGUGGAAUACCUUUUACCAAGUAAUCAACGUUGUGGGCGCUUUUUUCACUAAACUUUCGAUCGCACUUUUCAUCCUUCGCCUCAAAAACACAAAGAGACUGAGACUUGCAGUCUGGCUCAUUCUUACUCCUCUCGGUCUAUCGACUCUAGUCCUCUGCUUUAUUGUACUUCUGCAAUGCAUUCCUCUCGCGGGACUUUGGACACCUGCUUUGUCAAGUCGAUGCAUCUCCGCUGAAAUUCCUUUACAGGCAAGCUAUGUUCAAAGUGGCUUUGCAAUAAUUACAGAUAUUGUCUUAACAGGAAGUCCAAUCGCAAUUUUGUGGAAUGUACGUAUGACGAGAAAAAAGAAGGUUGCCAUAUGUGGACUGAUGAGCCUGGGUUUAAUUGCUACCGUUGCCAACGCGUUGAGAAAUGCUUUCAUUCCUGAUCUAGUGGCAUCAGAUUUAAGUUAUACCAUGGUUCCCAUUGUCUUGGUGGCCGACCUCGAGUUCUCGAUUGGUGUGAUAGCAGCUUGCAUUCCUACAGUUAUGCCUCUCUUCACCGGCGACAAAGCCAAAAAGGCAAAAACAUAUGAAAAGAUGUAUGGUGCGAAACCGCGAACAGUUGGGAGUUAUGGUGGGAAAUUCAGAAAAGCUGCGAAAGUAACUGAUAUCGAGUUAAGAUAUCCGUUCAGUGUUACAGCCAAAGAUACCACAAUUUCCCAGAAAGAGGUCCAAGCCAGCGAUGCUGACUUGCCCCUAAAAUCGACAGGCACAGGCGCUGAGGAAAACCCGGGUUUGCAGAUACCAGUUUCGACCACCUGGAAAGUAGAGAGCCAGAGCAUGGUCUAG